AUGGCUCUCCCACCCAAAUUCGCAGGUCAGAGGUUUGUGGCUAUGAAUGCGAAUGGAAAAGCAAAUGUAAAUGUGAAUUUAUAUACGUUGGAAUUGUAUUUGGAUUAUGUUUGUCCGUUCUCGGCCAAAAUGUUCAACACAAUUUAUACAUCAGUCAUGCCAUUGAUUAAGGAAAAGUACUCGGAUAAAGUACAGAUUAUCUUUCGUCAACACAUUCAACCUUGGCAUCCGAGUAGUACGUUGGUUCAUGAGGCGGGGGUUGCUGUACUCAACCUCUCCCCCUCACUCUUCUACCCCUUCUCCUUCUCUCUCUUCCAACAACAAAAAUCCUUCUUCGACGUAAAUGUCGUGAACGAAACGCGUAAUGCUACAUACAAGCGUCUGGCGAAAAUCGGAGGGGAAGUUGGAGUUGAUGAGGGGAAAAUGUUUGAUUUAUUGAAGAUUGGGGAUCGACCUGGAGAGGAUGGGUCGUUGAAUGCGGGGAAUGGGGUUACGGAUCAGCUUAAGGUGUUGGUGAAGAUGAAUCGGCUGGUGGGUAUUCAUGUUACGCCUACGGUUGUUUUUGAUGGGGUUGUAGAAAAUUCCAUUAGUAGUUCAUUUACCGCCGAGCAAUGGGAAGAUUGGUUGAAUAAGAAUGUUGUGUAG